UCUUGAAGCUCCUUCCAAAAUCCCGGAGCAAGGCCACAGAAUCUCGCAGAAAACGAAGAUGUUGAGUCUCUCCGUCGCCUCGCCGACGACCGCCAUCUUCUCCGCGAAAAUUUCUCUCUCCACGAAUCCGAGGUCGUCGUCCUUCAGCGGCGUUCGAAUCCAACACAAGUGCCCUCCUCUGGGUCUCCCUCUUGCGACGUCGUCGUCCUCCUCCUCCUCUCGGGGCCGAGCUUCGAGUGUCGUGAUGAUGGCGAAGAGAGAGGAGGAGUUGAAGGAGAUAAGGGUCAAGACCACCGAGGAGAUCAACGACGAGGUCGUCGACUUGAAAGGAGAGCUCUUGAUGCUCAGGCUGCAGAAAUCGGCCCGGAACGAGUUCAAGUCCAGCGAUUUUCGCCGCAUGCGCAAGAGGAUCGCUCGAUUGUUAACCGUGAAACGAGAAAGAGAAAUUGAGGAAGGGAUUAACAAGAGAUUAUCAAGAAAGCUUGACCGUCGAUGGAAAAGAAGCAUUGUUGUCAGACCACCUCCGUCUCUAAAGAAGUUGCUGGAGGAAGAGGCAGCUGCAGAAGCGGAGAAGUCUGCUUGAGCCAAUCUUGAUGUUUUUUCUACAUCAAUGUAUGAGUUUGUGUUCAAGAGAAGGUUAUUCAUUUGAUGCUUAAUUUCUUGUUCUGAGUAAUUUUGUCCACAUAUUCUCUUUGUAAAUGCAGGCUACUUUUCAAUUCUACAUGUGAUUUUCCCCUUUCAGGGGAAAACAUGACUCGCCGCAAAACUUAAAAUGUAUUUGACAAUGUUGGCAUUCCCUCGUUGACUUGGGAUGUGCUAGGGUCAGAGGAAUGACUUGAUAUGUUGAUCAACAUGCUUGCAUUUUGCUAUAAUGUCAGUCAAAGUGUGCUUCUAAA